AUGGAGCUGGGCCUGAGCUUGGGAGGAGAAAAUCCGUCAAAACCGUUUGGGUUCACAGCAAAAGCCAAUGGGUCGUCUGAAAAACAAAACCAUCCUAAUAACACCAACAACAAAGAUUCCUCCUCAUCUGCUAAACUUGGCUUAGGGUUCUGCAUGGCCUUGGGCAUCAACAACAACUCAAAUGAGACGAGGGAAUCAAGGAGAAAUAGUGAAUCUAAAGACAAUGAUGGUAUGGAUGCUGAUGCUGAUGAUGUAGAUGAAGAUGAUGAUCGUACUUCUUCUGAACACACUAGAGAUGACGAUGAUCGAAGAAUUUUUUGGAGUUCUGGGUCGUCGGGGAACGUGGGGUUACCGGUGGUGGGGAGGGGAUUUGACGUGAACAGGGUGCCGGCGGUAGGUGGGGUUGCGGAGGAGGUGUCGUCGCCAAACAGUGUGGCGUCGUCAUUUCAGAUGGAUUUUAGCAUUUUCAGAGGCGGUGGAAAUCUUGGGAAUGGUGGAAACAAAAGGGACUUCGGAGCUGCUGGUGGAAACGACGUCGUGGAGGCUGAGAGAACAUCCUCAAGAGCCAGUGAUGAGGACGAAAAUGGUCUUAAUACUCGGAAGAAACUUAGACUGUCUAAAGAACAGUCUGCUUAUCUUGAAGAAAGCUUCAAAGAGCACAACACCCUCAAUCCGAAGCAAAAGCUUGCGCUUGCAAAACAGCUUAAUCUUAGGCCUCGACAGGUUGAAGUUUGGUUUCAGAACCGAAGAGCAAGGACAAAGUUGAAGCAAACGGAGGUGGAUUGCGAGUACUUGAAGAGGUGUUGCGAGACUUUGACAGACGAGAACAGAAGGCUGCACAAGGAACUGCAAGAAUUGAGAGCCCUCAAGACUUCCAACCCAUUCUACAUGCAACUCCCGGCCACCACGCUCACCAUGUGUCCCUCUUGUGAACGCGUGGCAACAACUUCCACUGCCCCCUCGACGACCACCACCACGGCCGCCGCCGCGGCCCCUGUUCCCUCAACCACCACCACGACGCCUGCCACCAAUGUUAAAAGUACCACCACGGCCACCACCACAACUAGUGACAAUGCUCCAAAAGCCAUCCCAUUUCCCAUCUCUAGACCAAGGUUCUACCCUUUCGCUGCUGCCGCUGCUGCUGCUGCACAUACAAACCAUCCCCACCACCACCACCACCACCACCACCAGUCUGCAGCCUCAUAAAUAUGGACACAAAACAAGAAAAGAAUCCCAAAAUGGUCCCGAGUACUAAUAUUAGUAUUAUUAGUCGGAGAUAUUAAUAUUACUAAAAUCUUUGUGACUUUGUCUUGGCAUUUACUCCUUACCAGCUAGUGGAUGGUAUGUCUCCUCACGUGUACAUACUACAAAUCUUUGGUUGUUGGCUUGAUUGAUUUUUCAUUUUCCGGGGGAAGAAGGGUUCUUCCUUCUCAAAUUGGAGCAUUUUUUUAGCUCAUGGAUGUUGUAUUAAAUUAUUGUUCCAUACUCUAUAUAAAGUAUUUAGGCGCAGUAGAAAGAGAAAGAGAAAACAUUAGGAGGAGGUAGAAUCUUAGAGAGUGGUGAUUUACAAGAAGUUCCUUUGUUUUCUUGAUUUUCUUGGGGAGUAAAAAAUUGGGGAAAUUUCUUUAUUCUACUUGUACUUCUUACCAAAUAUUAAUACUAGUGUUAAUGUGAAGUUUCUUUAA